UACCAAUUUGCGACUCACGAUUUACGACCUGCGAUAAGCGACCAUCGAGCAACGAGCAACCAGCGAAACCACGACUUGGCCGCCCGCCUUCGUCCAUCCGCUGCGAUUGAUUUAACCUCGCCACCGUCAUCUUCACGACGACAAACUGCCAUGCCCGCCAUGGAACAAUCCACCACCACCAAGCUGGCCUCGUACCUGUCAAGGUUGAGCCCUGUCCCAGCCUUCCCAGAGUACACCGGCCCCUACAAAGUCGGCACUGUCGACAUCGAGAUUCCCGUCUCCGAGCUGGAGUCGCCUGCACCUGUUCCUGAGGGCGCCAGCGACAUCAACACCGUCCAAUUCCGAAUGUUCUACCCAGCCGUCUCUGCUUCGAGCGAGAAGCGGAUCGGCUGGCUGCCCACCCCCCAGCGACAGCAUCUCUCUGCCUACACCAAGUUCCUUGGGAUUGGUCCCAUGCUGGCAGAGUUCCUCUCAUUCCUCCCCCGACACCUCCACUAUACCACCAUCCCCGUCCACAAAAAUGCCACCCUGAGCGAGCCCACCGAGUCCCAGCGAUGGCCAACCAUGAUCUUCUCCCACGGCCUAGGCGGAGGCCGAAACUCGUACUCGUAUAUUGCAGGCUCUCUGGCCUCCCACGGUAUCGUCGUCCUCUGCCCGGAGCACCGUGAUGGAAGUGCUGUCGCAACCUUUAUACGCCAACCCGGUACCUCUACUGGACGCCGCCAGAUCCCCUACCAGAAGGUCUCUCAUGAUGUCAGCCCCGAGGUGUACGACGCCCGCGAGGCCCAAUUGAGGAUUCGAUGCUGGGAGAUGGCCUUGAUCCACCAAGCAAUCCUGGCCGUCGACCGUGGCUCGAAGUACACCAACCUGAACCGCUCCACUCCAAGCCUCGCCCCGUUCGUUGGGAAGCUCAAUGUCCACGACCCUGGUAGCAUCAUCUUUGCCGGCCACAGCUUUGGCGCUGCCACAAUGGCGCAAUUCCUCAAGAGCACCUACUACGCCAGCGACCCGAAGGUUGCAGCCAUGGAGAACCCGCUGUUCACCCCCGCCGAAGGUUCCGAGAUCCGACAGCAGAUCACCGAAAAGACCAUCACCAUGUUGCUCGACAUGUGGUGCAUGCCUUUGAUGGCCCCCAACUCGGCGCCGUUGUUCAACCUCCCCCUGCCUGUCUAUGCCGACGUCCCCACGGCUCCUGGUGGCAAGGCUAUUCUGGCCGUUGAAUCUGAGUCCUUCUUCAAGUGGAAGGAACAUCUUAAUGUCAAGGCCCGGCUCUUGUCCCCCGAUCCCACUGCUAAGACCGUCACGCCUGAUUUGUACGAACGCCCCAGCGGAAUGAAGCUCCCGGAACCCAACUUCUUCUACGUUAUGAACUCGGCCCAUCUGAACCAGUCUGACUUUGGAAUCCUCUUCCCCUGGCUGACGAAGAAGAUCUUUGAUGCCGAGCAACCCGAGCGGGCACUGCGCCUUAACCUCCGAGCACAGCUACAGCUUCUGCGAGCCAACGACAUUCCCGUCGCUCGCACCUACGUCGGAGACUUGGUAGACGGCACCCAGUUCGACAAACUUGACGUCAAGAAACAGAGUGGACCCAAGUGCCACGACGGCACCAACGACGACCAGGCCAUUUUCGACAGGAGCAGAAGCGACUUUGUCAACCACUGGCGAUGGAUUGACCUAGUGGGCAUGGGCGACUCCGGCGAGAAGGAGUCGGGCAAGACCGUUGAGGAGCAGGUCGAAGAGACCGAGCAAGAUAUGAAGGGCUCGCUUGAUCCUAGCGAGGAGAUGGCUGUUCCCGUGACCCAGACUGCCAACGCAGUUGCGGCCUAAGAGUGUUUUGAUGGAUGCGAGAAGACGAAUUUCA